AUGUCUACACGACAAACACGCAGCAAGAGUCGAGGUCGAGCUGUCAGAACGCCUGUAAGACCUCUGUCUCGUGUUCGCACCAACACUUCNUUUUCGGACCCUGAUUACGAUCAGCCGACACCUGAACCGAAGACUGCAUCCACUCCCUCGCCGACAUGGGGCAAGCUUCCAGACGAGAAAAAUGUGGUCCGGAAGUUCGAGGUGCCAACUGGUACACCUUCGGUAUCUCUGAUCAGACCAGAUGGCCGCCGUUACUACAUGAGCAGCGCUUGCGGUCCUGUCAACUAUUCGUCAACGGGCAAAUUCCAGGACCCUGUCGCUAGAUCCAAUGCCUCUCGCGCGAAGGCAAUGGUUUACCCAAACUUCCAUGAACCAUCUAGACCCUACCCAAACCCCAACUUCCCCAGGAGAUCUGCAUCGCGCCCGAAGCGAGUCGAAAUAUCAACUGGACUGGACGAGGACGAGGAAGAGCGCUUGCGAGCAUCUCCAACUUGGAGAAAGAAGAGACCUGAUACCCCUACUUUCGCUCGAGCCACCAUGUUUGGCUCACCCAAGAACAGCUUCUUGCACUGGCUUGGAGGAUUCGUACCACGAUCUGGUUUUGUCUGGCUAGUGCUGAUUUUCUUCGGCAUUCUUUUGGGCUUGUCUACUCCUCCGGAGACAAAUCCAGUCCAGGUUGCAUACAAGGAAGUAUGUAGCCGUUUUGGCAAUCCUGCUGAUUGGAACUGCAACGGAAACUUCAACGUCACGAUUGAUAAUGUUGUUAGCCACUGUCACAGCGCUGCUGACACAAUCUACGACAAGUUACACAUGACUGGCGCAAAGACAAAUGUCGAAGAUCUGGUGAACUCAUGCCAGGAGUCGAUUGAAUACCGCAAAGACAAGCUCCGGAACAUGUUUGAAGGCAUGGAAACGGCGACCGCGACUUUCAAGAAGUCUCUGUUAUCCAAGAUCAAGGAUCUCGAGCUCAAAUACACCUUGGCACUCGCUAAAGCAGAGAUCAAGAUGUUGCAGGACAACGACACUUCCAUCGUUUCGCACACAACUUAUACUAAACGCCAUCUCAAUACUCUAUUGACAACAGCAUGGGAUCUGCAGAAGGAGAUUGAUAAAUUCUCAAUCUGCAUGAUUAGGGAAUCUGAAGCUGCCAUCAGUGAGCUUUCCAAGAAAAUCUCCUUCCAGCCGGAGUCGUGGUAUAGCCUUGCUCGCUCAGGCUGGACUGUUACGUCGGCGGAUUCUGCUUUCAAAGCACUCGGCAGUCCAUCUACUGAAUGCCAAACAUUCUUGGUCCGCACACACCAGAAAGUGCUCGGCGCACUCGAAACACGCGAAGGAUUGCUCAGAGAAAUCGAGCGAGUCAUCAAUCUAUCCUAUCACCGCGACUUCAGAAAGAAGAGCCCGCUCUACAUCCCCAUACCUCUUCCCUGGGUCAGAGCUCUGGGACCUUUCCCCAAUCUUCCCGUCAUCCCACUGCCUACCAUUCGUCUGAACCCUUGGUACUGGUUCCGUGGUGAGACUUACUGGUAUAAGGUCCGCACACACGAGCAACGCGAACAGAGCCUCAAGCUUCACCGACUACGCGUAACACUCAACCAAAUCCGUGAGGCUAGCGAAGGCUUUGAUGACAUCAAGAACCUCACCGAGCGUGCCAUCGUUAGCUUGUUGGAUGCACACAAGGACCUUCAAUCUCGCAGUCAGGAAGUCCUUAAAAAUCCUGCAUUUGGCACAUCGUUCUUGAAAUCCAAGAUCCAGACUGUGAGAGAAGAUCUAGCUCUGGCUAUCAAACUCAGGGACCAGAGAAAGCGUGUCAAAAACCAUAUCAAUGCAGUCGUGUGGGGCAGAUAUAAUAAUGGCAAUGACCAGCAUGCUGUUUAUGUUGUUAGGGAGAUGAGGCUGUGA